AAGAGACGUAAUACGUAUUACGUUCUACGUUGAUAGCGUAAAUAAAACAGGGCGCCUUACAGCUCGCGGCGGAUUUAAAGAGUCUGUGUGGAAGGACACCAGUGAAAAGUUAAUGUCCAGACCUUAGAACUGAGCAGAUCCUGAUCCGAAGAGGAGGACAUGCCCGAAGACAGCUUGCCACUGCAGGAACUUCCUUUCCUGAGCCUCCAGAGCUCCAUGUUGUCUCAGCCCAACAGAACCAACAAACGCAAGUCUAGAGGGGUCCCUAGGGGGGAGCAGGUCUCUGAAUGCACCCCAACAGAGCUCAUCCAGCAGUGGUCUCCACCACACAAGCACCAACGGCUCCUCAGCAAGGGGAAGGAGAAUGAAGUCAAUCACUUUGUCCUGGCCAGAAGAUCUAGAAAGAAGAAGAAAGAACCAGGCAUCUCAUGGGACUACCUGCCAGAUGAGCUGAUGCUCAGGAUCUGCUUCUGCCUCAGUCUCCAAGACCUCCUCAGAGUCUCCGUAGUCUGCAAACGCUGGCAUCGUUUGGCGUUUGAUGAGUCCCUGUGGCACAGCGUUGACCUGGACGGGUUGAUGCACAUGGGUCCAGCUCUGCAUCAGGUGCUGAAGACUGGAGUCCGCAGGCUGCGCUGCCCUCGAGCUUUCGUCGAAGAGCUGCAUCUCUCAGACUCGGCUCCUCUGCAGAUAACUGAGAUGGAUCUGUCCAGCUCCAUCAUCCCCACCUCCACGCUGGAGACCAUCAUCCAUCGCUGCAGACUGUUGAAGCAUCUGAGUCUGGAAGGUCUGCAGCUGUCAGACGGCAUCAUCAGCUCUCUGGCUAUGAACCCUGACCUGCUGCAGCUCAAUCUGUGUGGCUGCUCCAACUUCUCUGCUCCAGCUCUGGCCACCAUGCUUAAAUCCUGCUCCAGCUUGGAGCAGUUCAACAUAUCCUGGUGCAGCUUCAGCAAAGAUCACGUGAAGAGUGUUAUUAACAAUCUGAGCCCCAGUGUCACCAACCUCAACCUCAGUGGCUACAGAGAGAGCCUCACCCUGGACGAUGUGAAGGUGCUGGUGGAGAGAUGCCCCAACCUCCAGACUCUAGAUUUAAGUGACAGCACUCUGCUGAUGGCUGACAGCUUACCUGUUCUCAGACACCUGAAACAUCUUCAGCAUCUGGCCCUGAGUCGCUGCUACCACAUCCACCUUGCUGCUCUCACAGACCUGGGGAAGACGCUUCCCUCCCUGACCCACCUGGACAUCUUUGGUCUCCUCCAGGAUGGACAGCUGCCCUCUCUGAAGAAGGACAUGUCCCAUGUCAGCAUCAACUCCAGGCCUUUCUCCGCCACUGCCCGGCCCACCCCCUCCAGCAGGCUGGUUGGGUCCCCCAGCGACCGCACCAUGUGGGACAGGAGGUGUCGACUGAGGUUCAAACCCUGACUACCACACUUCCCUCCGGGGUUGUGUUCAGUACAUGCUGCUGUUCAGAGGAUGCUCAUGGCCCUGGUCCUGAAGAUCUCUGGGUCUCCAGUCCUGUAGCAGAGUUGUAAUAAUGUGAGAACCUAAACCAGCUGUAAAGAAGUAGGUUGAACAGGCUCGGAUGAUGCCUGGUUGUCACGGUAACAGUAUUAUGGUCCUGUUCUCUGCUGGAAUAAUGUUGAACUUGUUUUUAAUGGAUAUGAUGGAUCUGGAUAUUGUGUUUCCAUGGACACCUGCUGUUAGAAUUUUUGUGAAUGAUCCAGAAACGGACGUACCUGAAGCAGGUAUGUCUAUGUUCCAGACGUCUGGGCAAACGUUUUGUUCUCAUCUUUUACUUGAACUGUUCAUUUUCCUAAAAUGAGUUUUAAACAGUAAACCAGUUAAACUGAUGCCUGGAAAAAAGUUCCCUUUAAAACAUCACAUAAGGAAUACGAGCUGGUUUCCCAGCUAUAAAUCCUCAUCUCAUGAGCAUCGGAGGUGUGGACAGAUGCUCAAAUUUUGGGAUAAUUUUGACUGAAACUUCAUUUCAGAGUGCUGAUAAAGGGUUUUCUCUCAUAUUCAUGUUAAUAAACUCAACACAUCUGUUUACA